UGGCAACAUGGGAUCCAUAGCUGAAUGUUCUGACGCCAAUCCUCCUUUGGGUGAUUUGAUCGAGGUUGCCGCGUCUAAAAUUGGCCCCGAAGAAAUGGUCCAGAUCCUCACCGAGCAUGGUGGAGUCAUCGUGCGUGGUCUCAUCGAGCCCGAAGUGUUAGACCAGGUCAAGCGAGACUUGAUGCCACAUCUUACCGAUCCAUGGACUCAUGAUCCACUGUUUUCCAACAAGGUUCGGGUAGUUACUGGCGUGGCAGGCAAGAGUCCGACUUUCAUUGAGCAUAUAGCGGGGAACCCGCUAUUCUCGGACGUGUGCGAUCGACUGUUGGGCUCGUCGCACACGUGCUGGUAUGGCAAUGAAAAGCAUACAUUUGAAGCCUUGCCACAGGUGAACAGUGCGGCAGCCUUCCUUACCUCCCCUGGCAACACGCUCCAGAACCUUCAUCGUGACGAUAUGGGCCAUCACAAUCGUCUCAGGGCCAUCACCCCGAGACAAUACCAGGUCGGCAGAGACACUGCGGUCGGCAUAUUUGUGGCCGGUUCUCGAACGACCAAGGAGAAUGGUGCCACUCGCUUCAUUCCCGGCUCCCACCUGUGGGAUACAAUGCAUCCUCCUGAUGAUAGUUUAUCUGUCUAUGCAGAGCUCCAGCCUGGAGACGCCUUCAUCAUGCUAGCCUCUUGCUAUCAUGGUGCCUCGAUAAAUAAUAGUCAAGAGCAGCGUCUAGUCUACUCCUGCUUCAUGACUAAAAGUAUUCUCCGACAGGAGGAAAAUCAGUAUCUAUCAGUUUCAGUCAGCGAUAUUCGGAAGAUAUCCUCCCGAAUGCAGAAGCGAUUAGGGUUCGCAGCUAGCAAUCCUCUCCAUGGCUGGGUAGGAUUGAAGGACCCCAUGGUGAUGCUUGGGUUGGAUGGAACCAGCGAUCACACAGGGAUGAGCAACACCUAG